CCCGAGCCCCGGCGUUCAUGCGCGGCCGUCAUCACGGAGCGUAUGUCGUAACCAACACUGACCGGUGUCGUUGAAACUAAUUUCCCUUCACUUCAACGAUGGAGAUAGCUGCGUCCAGCUACGCGGCGUCUACAGGAAACACUAGCCACUUGGUCUGAGCUUCGUCAACGAACGACUAAUCCUUCGAUCGGCUCGAAGCUAUGUUCCAGUCCUUCACGGGCAGCUCACGCCGCCCACGCCAGGUGAAUCUGGGGAGCCGCAAUGCAAAUCCUUUUGCUGGAUUUCCUUCAGGAAGAGGAGCUCCUCACGGAGGCAGUACACAGAAUACUUUGGCUAUAGCACAGCAAGAGCGAAUCCUGAGACAACAAGAGAGGCAACGGCUAAGUGCAUGCCUCAGAAUACAACGAACAUGGCGGGGCUACAGGAGUCGGAAGAUAACACGCAAUAUCUGGAGAUCUGAAUGGGACGCUGUCGAGCAGGGUAGAGUCUCAGCUAGGCUCUCCUUCGAAGGUCCUGAGGGACAGGAUAUAUUGCAAGCACAGCCUCCCAUACGCUAUUCGACAGCUACGGACUGCUUGUCACAGCUUAGAUUGUUGUUGCAUUUCCUUGAGAUAAGGAAUGCAGGCGAUAUCCUGCGUCUGCUAUACUUUUCAAAAGCCUUCCAACACACACUUGAGGAAGUGCCUUCGAUAGCUACGGAGGGUGAAUGGACGACAUUACUGGUACGCCUUGCCAAAACAACUCUUCGCGUGCUACAAGUUUCUGCCGCCUCUUCCUCGCCCCCCAAGUUUGCAAUCAAUGAGCUUCUGCGCUUGCUGGUCUUCCUGACAAGCUUGGUACCGAGACAAUUAGCACGGAUUGCAGAUGAAUACUAUUCUGCUAUGGCUGCAUUGACAAGAAAUUUCUCGGUACUUUCGAAGGGGGCAAGUCUGACGAGAGAGAUGUUGGUGGAGAGCGUUCUCGCUUUGCUGCGUCCGCUUACAUCAGAGACUCUGGGUGCAUAUGAGUGGUUUGCUAGAGCAUACCUCACCAUCCCAGACCUUGAUAGUCACAUAGGGACAAUCGAGGAUCUUGCAACAAAUAUCAACUACAGGCUGCUUGCGUCAGCAUUGGAUACACACAUAUCUCAAGCUCCUCCAAUUUUGUCAAGCCCAGAAGAUACUGAAGACCGUCUCUGGCUCCUUGCAUAUUUCAUAUUCAUUUAUCGCCACGCUCUUGGAGGUGUUGUGCAAAAAGCUCCUGAGCCUGAGUUCGUGAAAGUAGUGUCUUCGCUCCUCAACUCUGUCGCCUCAUAUGUAUCGCGUCGUCUUGAAAUAGAUGACUCCACUGAGAGCGAAGAAGUUCAGGCCUCCCCCCUUCAUCCGUUUGUGAGAGAACAGAUUAUCAGUCUCGUGAACCAGAAUAGCAUCACUGGUCUAUUGUCUCAAAUACCGUCUACUCCUCCUUCAGCUGGCGAGCCUGGAGAGUUAGGCGAAGCUAAGUUUCUUGCUACAUACGCCCUGACACUUUUGAGAGUGUUCCCACGACGGGGUGAUGACAUUCGUAUGUGGCUGUAUUUGGGGUCUGCUUCUGCAAAUGACAGGGGAGAGAAGUCUACCUCACGUGUGCCUGCUAUCAAGUAUUUCUGGCAGGCUUCGCGUGCUACGAAAAUAUUCGCCCACAUCAGCCGCGAUUCGAAUCAAGUGCUCCCUCUAUUGAAACCUUUGCAACCUUCCGAGUUUGCGAAUGGAAAUGUCCCAGAAAACUCGCAACGAGAAAGGGAUCAAGAAUGGACCAUCAUUCUUCUGUUUCUUGAGUUGUAUACAUUCGUCUUAAAAGUCAUGGACGAUGAUGAAUUCUUCUCUGGCGGCGCAUCUCUUCCGGUAUCUUCGAGUUCUCGUGUCUCAUGGACUAAAGAAAGCGCACUUCCGUUGCGCGAGAUCAAAGAUAUGACCGUUUUCUUGAAGAACCUAGGAUUCACUCUCUAUUGGAAUGCAGCAGACCUCAACGAAACGCAUCCUCAGCAAGAAACAACUAACAUCCGAGAUUACUUCAAUUCGUCCGCUUUGCCAGGUGUCAAAGACUUGGAAUUAAGGAAUAAGGAGAAGGGUUUGCCUGGAGUGACUGGGAUACCUCUUGACUAUUUCAAGGGUCUCGUGACUGGUCUGCUGAGGAUGAUACACGAGCGAGAUUCGAGACGGAAGUUCUUACCUGACGGUCAUUGGCUCAUGACUGGCCGUUUUGACAUGGAAGGCUUCAUUCCCGCCGUCGUCGCAGAAGAAGAGAACCGGCAUCAACUCCAGGAGAGUGACGAAGAUGAGGAUGAAAAUAAGGAUGAAUUCUUAGAGGACUUUGCUGAUAGUUCUUUGGGACUGAUCGGUACAGGAAGAGCCCAACAAGCUCGCCGCAUCGAAGCUCUUCGGCGACGUCAGCAGCAAGUGGCUAGGAGGAAGCAGCUGGAGGCGGUCGCUCCUCGACUGGAAAUCCUCAGAAAUAUGCCUUUCUUCAUACCAUUUGCUACACGUGUUCAGGUCUUCCGGGAGUUUAUCUACAGGGAUCAGAUGCGUCGAAGACACGGCUUCAUCGAUCCUGAUGCCUGGCGUAUGUCUGUCGCGCAGGCCUUGAUGGGCCGCAUGCUAGACGGUGGACCCGCGGCACACGAUAUUCUUAGUCGCCAUCAUGCGAACAUUAGGCGUGAAAGCGUGUUUGAAGACGCGUUUGACCAGUUCUACGGGCUAGGGGAGGGCCUGAAAGAGCCUAUCCAGAUUAGCUUCAUCGACAGGUUUGGCGCUGUCGAAGCUGGAAUCGACGGCGGUGGUGUAACCAAGGAAUUCCUGACCAGCGUGACCAACGAAGCGUUCAAGCCCUCUAACGGCCUCGAUCUGUUUGUCGAGAAUGACCAUCACCUGCUAUACCCCAAUCCUGCCGCUGUUGAACAACGGAAGGAGCUUCUACGACAGACAGGCUUCAUCGAAGGCAGUGCUGAGUGGAAUGAACAAGUCCGUGAUUUGCUUCGACGCUAUGAAUUCCUAGGUCGUAUUAUCGGAAAGUGCCUCUACGAAGGAAUACUAGUAGACGUCAAUUUUGCUGGUUUCUUCCUCCUCAAAUGGUCUCUGACCGGCGGAACAAGCUCUGCGCAGAGAGAAUCCGCAUACCGGGCGAAUUUGAAUGAUCUGAGAGACCUUGACGAAGGUCUCUACCAGGGCCUGUUACAACUCAAGAACUACCCUGGUGAUGUCGAAGACUUUGCCCUCAACUUCACGGUCACAGAUACAAUACCUCUUCCAGGCCCGACAAAUCCCGAUGGAACACCUGCUGCCACACGUACUAUCACUAGAGAGCUGAAGCCCAACGGUUCCAACAUCCCUGUUACGAAUCAGAAUCGCCUCGUCUAUAUCUCCUAUAUUGCACGUCACCGUCUGCAGGUGCAGCCAUUUUUGCAGACAAAUGCCUUCCUCCAGGGCUUGGGACAGAUCAUUCAACCCUCGUGGCUUUCCAUGUUCAACCAGUCGGAAUUGCAGACACUUGUAGGUGGUGAUUCCGGCGAGAUUGACGUCGCGGAUCUGCGGCGGAACACGCUUUACGGGGGAGUCUACUCUAUUGGAGACGACAAGGAGGAACAUCCAACGGUCAAGAUGUUCUGGCAGGUCAUGGAAUCUAUGAGCAACGAGGAACGAGCGAAAGUCCUCAAGUUCGUCACCUCGACACCACGAGCUCCUCUGUUGGGGUUCAGUCACUUGAAUCCCCGGUUUAGCAUCCGUGACUCUGGCGAUGACCAGGAGCGACUUCCCAGUACCAGCACCUGCGUCAAUCUACUGAAGCUUCCUCGGUACUCGAACCCUAAGGUCCUGCAGGAGAAGCUGCUUUAUGCUGUCAAUUCGGGAGCUGGAUUCGAUCUUAGCUGAUCCACCAUCUGUCUGCCAUCGAUCCAGUCAACCCGUUUGCCAGGGAGAGUUUCAUGUGAGCAUUUGAUUCGUUAUUUUAACGUGCACUGGCGUGAAUGCGGAUGUGGCCAAUUGCAUAUUGGGGCGUCUGUCGGGAGUUCUUUUUAACGAUCUAGCGAUAUACUGCUUUGCUAUGCCUUGCUAUGCCAAUA